UGAUGACUGUUACUCAGCCCAUGGUGUGACCAAACUUAUUUUGACCCGAUGAUGGAAGCGUUCUAUUUAUGGUGCAGAGAUGUGCCCAGGGAUCAUAUGCUGCUUGUGUGGGAAGCCUGGGCUCACUUUAAAGAGCACAAAAACUAAUUAUUAGGAAAGAAACCACGUCUGAGGCAGGGGUUUAAUGUUUGAUUCAAUCCGAGGCUUUCAUUCUAAUAGGGAGAUCUAUUUUGGUUCCCUUUCCUGAAGCUACCUCCCCCUUGCAAUCUUUCACUCCCUACUGCUAGAUCACCCAAGAACUUCGAGAAGUUUGGCAAGAACCUUCCUUUCAAAUUGUCUUUAGUGUGGUAAGAUGGCACAGCCAUAGUAACAAGAAAUCACUUGCUCUCAACACAGUCGCCCCGAACUGAAUGAAAAGUCAAACAACACCCCAGAAAACCAAUGCCGAGGAAGGAUUAGGAAUUAAGGCACUUUAACUAUUAAUGGGAAGGAAGCUCUGAUGAUGGGCAGCAAUGAGACCAAAUGACGGUGCAGCGAGAGGCUUUAAGUGUACACGGACCUGGGCGGAAUGCACACAAGCCCAGCUGCUUCAGCUGACAAAGCAGGAAAGAAAUCCUUGUUUGAUGACCCGGUACGUGAAUGGGUGAAGGAUGAAGGAACCUCAAAGAGCUUAAGCACAAAGCAAAGCAUUGUAGAAACACAGAGGGAAGAACUCCGGGACAGAAGCACCUCGACAAAGCCGGCACUGUGAAGCAGACCCGAGCCAUGGACUCGUUCAAGAACAGAGGUGCAGCUAAAACAAGAAAAAUGCAGGGACAUUCUAAAGUGGUGGAUGGUUUUAGUGAUACGUCAAGUGCUGGGAGCUUUUUGGAUGAAGCAGAUAGAGAAGUAAGUAGUCUUACAGAGCGUGCUUUUAAGAGCUUGUGUGUUGUAGAAGAAGCUGUGUGUAGUGAGUUUGAUGCACACAGUUCACCAUCACUGGCCAAUGUGAACCGGGCCGCCCCAGGGCCAGGCGGGAAGAAGCAUUCUGCUGGAGAAUUGAAAAACUGUAAGAUGCCGCCAAAACUAAUCAAGAAACGAGCAAAGGAUUUGCCCGAGACAUUCCAGGAAUCCGCCGGACAGUAUUGUGUUGGAGGAGAGAAAGGGAACUUGGGAAAUGGCUUCCUGGUUGAAACCAAGGAGCAGAAGGCAAAGGGUUCUUCUCUGCCCAGAGAUGUUGAUCACAAGAAGAGGGACUUCACAGGAACCGAUGCGAUCAAUGCAAAAGCCGCUUCAGGCGUUCACCCUGAGCCAGCAGGGGAAGAUGGUGUCAAAGACAUCGCGCAGUUCGAUGUCUCAUCCAUCAUCAACUUGCACCGAGAGAAAUCAAGCUUUUCUGCCGCUUGCCAGGAGAGCUAUUGGGUAAAUAAAACACAUCUCCCUCAGGCGAAAGGCAGCAAAACCAACAUUUUAGGGUAUCUGAAAGCCUCACAGUGUCACAACCCCACUGACUUGAAGAAUCUUAACCCCACUGGUAAAAAGUUAGACAAGGUCCUUUCUGACAAGGUCAGCAGAGUGAAGAAAGCUGACAUAGCGAGCAGCUUCCUCCACAGUGAAUGCAGUGCAUUCAAAUCCUGGCGCGAUCACAGUAAGUCUCUGUCUGAAGAGGAUAAUCCGCCUGAAACCCACUACCCCACCAGUCUUCAGUCCAAUGUUCCUUUGCAGGGAUCCGAUGAAGAUGUCAUUGUUCAGAUACAGGCCCCAUCUUUGGCGCAAGUAAAGUCUCCACACAAAGUCAUAGCCAGCAUGAUGCAGAAUCCAGGGAACCGCUCUCCCUGCAACAAAGAUGCUGCACAGCUUCAUGCAUCGGUACCUGAAGAAAAUCACUACAUUGUCAAAGAAAGUCAAGAUCCAGAUGAUCAUUUGCAGGGGACUAAAUGUGAAGAGGGCGGUGGUGGGUCAGUGGAAAAUGGAGUUGAGGAGAAAGGCUUCCAGCUGUGGAGAAACUCACGGUUCCCGCUACAUAAAAAGCAAAUGGAGGCAGAGUUAGUGAGUGAGGAGGUCCCUGCCACAAGAUGUCCACCAGUGGCUGAAGCUGCAGCAUCUGAUGCAGCGAUUCCUCAGGAGGCCACCUCUCUGUGCAUCUCCAAGCUCCUCACGCCCAACUUGAUGCCCAAUGUCAAUGGAAUAGAAACGUCCAAAAACCAGCCAGUCAUAGUGACUCCUCCCCUCUUCAUCCAGCCCGCGGCCAACCAGAGUGAUGAGAUGAAAGGGGACAACCAGUCACAAUUGGGCUACAGAGCCAAGGCGUCAAGUCUGUUGUACAACUUGAAGGACGUGAGGAAGAGGGUGAAGUCCACCUACUCAACAGCUGCGGCGCCACAAAACAUCGCCGAGCCUGCAAGGGACAAGUAUGUUUUCCAGAACAUACAUCAAACUAGUGCAAGAACUUCUUCUGCUCCUGUCAGGCUACGAGUCAGGGAGAACUGUGCGACGGACGCCAAUGACCAGGGGAAACUGGACACGAUGUCCCAUGCUGACGGUACAAGACCCACCGCUGCCCGCCUCAACGCUGCUGAGAUACCUCCGGCUGAGUUAGACCCGUGGAAAGAUGAUGACUAUCUGAACCUACGGUCGCCACAGACGGUGAGGGAAGCUGGGGGCUAUCCCAGGUGGAGGACGAGGGGCUCAAGACCACAGUCCGCAAUAACGUCGUUGGAGGUCCAUGCGGGCAGAUGUCGGGACAGAAGGAGCUCUCAGCAGCUGAAUAACCCCAAUGCAAAGGUCAAUGCAGAUCUCCCAGCCAAAGCUGUCCAGUCUGCAAGGAACAGCCCAGAGGGGGUGACAAUUGCACUAGAAAGAGAAGAGCAGAAGCAGAAUAGAUUGCAUGUUGGCAGGAAGCCAGGGUGUGAGUUAGUCAGUCACAUACAGCAAGAUAUACGGACACAUGGAAGUCAGACUAGAAAGCAGGAGGGAUUGUUGAUGCAACAGAGAGUGGAGGAUGGAGGUUCCUCAAGCAUGGACCGGUGUGUGCCCAGUCACCAGGGGCCUUGCCAUCCUGCAGGAGAAGGCAGAACUAGGCUCGAUGUCAAGUCAUCCGGUCAGUCCUACAUCGACUUGGGUAACAGCUACACUCAGGGUCCUGAGCAAAUGAAUGACUUGAAGGAACAGAGCACUGGGUGUAAUGCUGAUGAUUUGAAGGGUCGCCCUACACUUGAGAACGACAAGAGUUGUGAGAAGAUUGAGCUGCAGUAUUACGCACUGAGUGACCCCACCAUAAACUCGGAGAGGGGAGGGGAGAAACAAAACGCACCUCUGGUGUUUCAAAGUCAUUCCCAACCGGUAACGCCACGGGGUCUACCGGAGACUAGAACACAGGACAGUGCUUCUGUGGGCUUCUGUGAAGAAAUGUUCGAUAGCAUUGUUUCCAAGCAGCAAGAACUCGGGCCAGGAAGUCACGUCCUGACUUCACCGAGACUUGGUUUAUUUAAAGUCAAAGACAAUGCACCAAUAGUCCCCACAAAGCCCCUUCUCCCCAAAGGCGAGGGCCAGGAUGCUGGCAUCAACACUUUGAGAGAAAGACCAACCAUGUUUACACCAAAUGAGACGCGUGAGGAAGGUAAACGCGACUCAGGUAAGGUGUUGUUGGCCAGUUCCGUCACUCCCAAUGCAAGGCCGGAGUCAACCUGUAGCAUGGACUCGAAAGCAGCAGGAAAACCACCGGUGGUUCCCCCAAAGUCCGAGAAGGCUUUGCGUCGGGCCAAGAAGCUGGCAACCAGGAGGAAGCGGACGGAGAACAAGCAGGACAAGCAGAGUAGUGGUGGUACAGAUAUUGACAUUGCCCUGUCCAACAUGCCAGUGUGCGCCCUGAGUCAGCCCACCUCACCACUGCCCAGCGUUUGCCCGUCAACUCCCCCAGACCCAUUCAACUCAUGCGCUUCCCCAGCCAUCGCCGACACCCCGGCAGGAACCAGCACCAUGCCCUUCACAUCUGCUCCAUCGUUUCCAUUAAGUCAGCGAAAAGUACUUCAAGAUCCUGAAUCUGGCCAAUACUUUGUUGUAGAUAUCCCCAUCCAAGUCCAGAGAAAGACUUUGUUUGACCCAGAAACUGGGAAUUAUUUCCAGGUGUCCAUCCCCUCGGCCGGUCGGAAAACCACAAUAGAUUUCUUAAACACUUCCUACGUGUUGUAUCCCGGUUUCCCGGCCUUGCCGCUGUUGUCCACGGUUAGACCCCCCUCCCAAAUGUCGGCACCGGCCGUUCUGGACCUACACAAAGAGGAAGGGCCUUUCAACGAGCGGACUAACUUUGAUUUGGGAUACACGGAGGAGCAAGAAAACCAGCCGUAUAUUGAGACGUUUUAUGAUCCUUACACUGGGAGCAGGGCGGGGAGUGAAAAGGAGAUUUGGUGCAGUCCAAUGAGCAGUCAAACGCUAGCAGGUGACCAUGAUCUGGAAUUAAUAUUCAUGGGGGAUCUGGAAGAUAUUGCCAUGGAAAACAAUUAGCGCGAAGGUGAUCAAAAGCAGUGCUGGCCCUUCAUUGGAGGGGCUAGCAGCCUGUUAUAGACUUUAUAGAUGUCUCUUGGGCAAGUUAGAUAUGACAUGUGGAGUGGUUCUUACAUGUGCUGCUUUGUAUGGUACUUCUUCACUGUUCAGAUGUUCAAUUAGAUGUGGCCUCAGAGAUUGGAAAAUGAAAUAAAGAAGCCAAACUCGUGUAA